GAGUAGGGUCAAGGUGCCAAUAGCCAAGCCCUUUUAAAACGCGGCGCUUCGUCCAGCUGAUAACUCGCACAAGUUAUUCAUAGCAGCAAGGAGCAAAGCUUCUGCUUAUCUCACAUCACGCACGCUCUGCAGCGAAACAUGUCGUCCACAGCUUCCCACCUCGCGGGCGCCGGCGCCGCGCCGUUCCGCGUGUUCGUGGGCUACGACUCCCGCGAGGACAUCGCGUACCGCGUGUGCCGCCGCUCCCUGCUGCGCCGCUCGUCCAUCCCGCUCGACGUCAUCCCGAUCGUGCAGCAGGAGCUGCGCGAGGCAGGGCUCUACUGGCGGGAGCGCGGCCCCACGGAGAGCACCGAGUUCUCCUUCACCCGCUUCCUGACGCCCUACCUCGCCGGCUACCGCGGCUGGGCGCUCUUCAUCGACUGCGACUUCCUCUUCGUCGCAGACGUCGCGGAGCUGGCGCGCCUCGCCGACCCGCGCUACGCCGUCCUGUGCGUGCACCACGACUACACGCCCAAGGAGGCCACCAAGAUGGACGGCGCCGUGCAGACGGUGUACCCGCGCAAGAACUGGUCGUCCAUGGUGCUCUUCAACUGCGGGCACCCCAAGAACCGCGCCGCUCUCACGCCGGAGGCCGUCAGCACCCAGAGCGGCGCGUACCUGCACCGGUUCAUGUGGCUCGACGACGCCGACGUCGGCGAGGUGCCGUUCGUGUGGAACUUCCUCGUGGGGCAUAACCGCGUCGACCCCGCCAACGCGGCCGGGACGGCGCCGCGCGCGCUACACUACACGUCCGGGGGGCCGUGGUUCGAGAGGUACAGGGACUGCGAGUUCGCCGAGCUCUGGGUCCAGGAGCGCGACGCGUACGAGGCCGAAGAGGAGGAGGAUGUUAAGGCCGCCAUAAACGUAUCACCCGCGGUUUCGGUGGACGCAUGAGAUCUGCCUGCCUCAUCUACUGCCCACGCUGAGGCCGCAGGCUGCAGUACUGUCACGUAUUUUACGCGCGCUUCGUGCUAUUUUUCUUGUCGAUGUGGUACGUAUAAGUCGUGUACGGUGAUAUCGUGCUCUAGGUACGCGCGUUUCGACACUGAUCCUCUCAUGUCCUGGUGUUCGUCCAUGUUCGUUGUAACGUAGCUUCAUUUCCCCUGCUCUUCUCCCCCGUUGUGUUGUUUUGCUAGCGCGCCGCUCCUACGCAAAAUGUAACAGUUUUUAAGUAAUAUUAAUUUAACGAAAAAAUACAAUAA